CCAACCAGCCAGCGAGCCCGCACUCCUCCAACCAAACCCAGCCGAACCACACCGAGCCGAGCCAGAGCCACUGGAGCAUUUAGCCGUGCCGCCCCGCACAGAGGCAGCAGAGGAGGAAUGAUGACCUGGUAGCGCAUCUUUACGCACCCGACCCGCCGUCCGUCCCUUAUAAACCCACAAUCUGCCUCUUUACGUUUAAUUCUCUCACCGAGACCAUGGAGACGGCAGUUUCCAGGACCGAUAUUCUCAUCUCUCAGCUGCUCCUUUUCAGCCAAAUAGUUGUGGCAGCGGAGCCGCUGGUCCGAGGCCUGAGAAAACUCCCUGAAGAUAUCGACUGGUCAUAUUCAGGUGUCCUGAGCCAGCGCAACUGGGGUAAAAAGUACCCAGCCUGUAACAGUGCUAGGCAGUCUCCUGUGGACAUCGACGAGACCUUUACCCAAGUCAGGCUGCAGUACCAGAAUCUACAGUUAGAGGGCUGGAACAAACUGACGGCAGAGUCCAGCACCAUCCACAAUGACGGGAAGACAGUGUCCAUCAGUGUGGAGGGGGAGUUCUUCGUCAGUGGAGGAGGGCUGAGCUCCAGGUUCCGUGUUGGUAGGAUCACCUUCCACUGGGGGCGCUGCAAUGCAACAUCAGACGGGUCUGAACACAGCCUGAACGGGAUGAAAUACCCUCUGGAGAUGCAGAUCUACAGUUAUGAUCCAGAUGACUUUCAAAGUCUGGAUGAUGCUAUUAGGGAAGGAGGGAGGAUCUCUGCCUUAGUCGUGCUCUUUGAGAUCGGAUUGGAAGACAGCGAGAACUUCAUUCCUGUAAUAGAAGCUGUCAACACUGUCAGCAGGUUUGGUAAGAGCGGGUCGAUAGAAGCUUUCACCUUACGGUCCUUGCUGCCUAAUAACACAGAUAAAUAUUACAUCUACAACGGCUCACUAACUGCUCCUCCCUGCUCGGAAACUGUGGAAUGGAUCAUCUUUAAACACACUGUGGCCAUAUCUGAGACACAGUUGGAGGUGUUUUGUGAGGUGAUGACCAUGGAGCAGGCCGGGUAUGUGAUGCUGACGGAUUACCUGCAGAACAACUUCAGGGAGCAGCAGCAACAGUUCAUGGGUCAGGUGUUUGCCUCGUACACCGGAGUGGAGGACGUGCUCACACCCACCUGCAGCUCGGAGCCAGAGAACGUUCAAGCUGACGCCCAGAACGACACAACUAUCGUAGUGACAUGGGAACGUCCCCGUGUGGUUUACGACACAACCAUCGACUGGUACACCGUCACCUACCAGAGGCUGCAGGGUCAAGACCAGAGUAAGCAGGAGUACAGGACAGACGGGGACCAGGACGUGGGCGCCAUCAUCCCCAGUCUGCUGGCCAACAGCAGCUAUGUGGUUCAGGUGGUUGCGUUUUGCACCAAUGGACUCAGAGGACGAUGGAGCGACCAGAUUAUAGUGGACAUGCCGUUAGAGGACCCUGAAAGUGAUUCAGAUCCUGACGCUGUCGCAAAAGAUCUGGAAGGCACCAGGGAGUUCUCAUCUAGAGCCAAAUCGGAGAGGCCAGAGAACCAGAAUCAGGUGGAUUUUUCUCCAGACGACCACAGCCCCGUGGAGGAGAUCCCAGUGGAGCAGACCAGGGUUUACCAGAACCAACCUACAUACCACCACAAUCUCCCAGUGCAGGUCAGCACCCGUUCAACCCCAGAGACCCCGUCUGAGUCUGCUGUUCUACAGAAAACUCGACUCAACCAGAAUAUAAAAAAGAAACCAGACCAGAGCAGGUCUAAACCCGAUGAUAUGGAUCAGAACUGGAUUUACGAGGAUAGUGAUCCAACGCACCGGCCAAUCACUAAAGCAGGUUUUGAUGGCAACGGUGCAAUAUGGGUGACUGAGGUAACAGAGCAGCCGGGCUUCCUGUUUCCAGUUGCUCGGACGACCACACUGCCGACGAUCCGCCGACAAAUCACAGAGGAGGCCUCGCUGUCAGUGUUGCCACAACAGUCAGGAGAUCACAGUUCACUAGACCAAGCUGGAGAGAGUGGGCUCCCUUCUCCCCAGUCAGACCUUUACACCCCUCCUGUGGAGGACAUGCAAGUCACAGAUAUCUUCUAUGAAGACACAGUCAACAACUUCCCACUAGAAACAACCACUUCUGCUGCAACAGUGUCUGCUGCUUUGCCAGGUGAUAAAGUGGACAAAGUCUCCCUGUCGUCCUCUGGAGAUGAUGAUGCCCCUGUGAACAAACCCUAUCCAGACACUGUGACCUCGGUGUCCUCCACCUCAUCCCCUGUCUGGAUCAAGGCGAGGGCGGCAACUGCCAGCAACACACUGGCUGAGUCUGUCUACAAAACAUUCACAACCUCCUCUCUUCUCAGGGUGCUGAUGCACACAACCCAGCCCAUGUUUAACGAGGGCAGCAACAGCAGCCAUGAGUCUCGGGUCGGCCUGGUCGGAGGUGUGGAGAGGGAGAAGAGGACAGUUGUUCCUCUGGCUGUCGUCUCCACUCUCACCAUACUCUGUCUGCUUGUACUAGUGGGCAUACUCGUCUACUGGAGAAACUGUUUCCAGGCAGCUAAUUUCUACCCAGAUGACAGCGCGUCACCUAAAGUCAUUUCAGCUCCAUCUACACCACUGCUGCUGGCCACGGACGGUCACGAGCCACUGACAGUGAAACAGUUUGUGAAGCAUGUGAUGGAGCUGCACACCACCAACACCUUCUCCAAGGAGUUUGAGAUUGUCAAAGAAUCCUAUGAGGAAGUACAGGCGUGCACGGUUGACAUGGGCAUCACUGCUGACAGCUCCAAUCACCCUGACAACAAAAGCAAGAACAGAUACAUAAACAUACUGGCCUAUGAUCACAGUAGAGUCAAACUCUCCAACAGUUUGGACAGAGACGGGAAAUGUGGAGACUACAUCAAUGCUAACUUUGUAGAUGGCUAUGAGCGAACGAGAGCGUACAUCGCAGCUCAGGGGCCUCUCAGAGCGAGCAGGGAAGACUUCUGGAGGAUGAUCUGGCAGCAGAAUGUUGGAGUUAUUGUCAUGAUCACCAACCUCAAGGAAAAAGGACGGACAAAAUGUGACCAGUACUGGCCGGAGGAGAACCAGGAGGAAUACGGUUCCUACCAGGUGACCCUGAAAAGCAGCAAAACCCUCGCUUACUACACACUGCGGACGUUCACUGUCAGAGACACCACAAAUAAGGCUUCUCAGAGGAGAGUUGAACACACAGUCCUUCAUUACCACUACACCCAGUGGCCAGACAUGGGUGUCCCAGAAUACACCCUGCCUGUGCUGUCCUUCAUCAGAGCAUCCUCCCAGGCGCGAACACAAGAGAUGGGACCUGUACUGGUACACUGCAGUGCCGGUGUAGGAAGGACAGGAACCUACAUCGUGAUUGACAGCAUGCUGCAGCAGAUCCAGGAUCAGGGUACAGUGAACGUCCUUGGUUUCCUAAAGCAUGUCCGGACACAGAGGAACUUCCUGGUUCAGACGGAGGAGCAGUACGUGUUCAUCCAUGACACUCUGGUGGAGGCCAUCUUGAGCCGUGGCACCUUAGUGACCUCUGACCUCCUCCACACUUAUGUGUCUGACCUUCUGAUCCCUGGGGCGUCAGGCAGGACACGCAUGGACAAACAGUUCAAGUUGAUCAGUCAGCGUCAGGCGAAGCACGCAGACUACAGCACUGCCCUGAGAGACGGCAAUGCUGAGAGGAACAGAGCCAGAGCUCUGAUGCCUGUGGAAAGAUCAAGAGUGUGUCUGACCACUUCAGAGACAAACUCCACAGGGUACAUCAACGCCUCCUACGUCAUGGGACAUCACCACAGCAAGGAGUUCAUAGUGAGCCAGACUCCUCUGAGCAGCACGGUCGCAGAUUUCUGGAGAAUGAUCUGGGAACACAGCACACACACUGUUGUCCGUCUGCCAGACACACACUGUCAGAGUGAAGAGGCUGAGUCGUGUGUUUACUGGCCCAGUAAAGACCAGCCACUGAGCUUUGAGGGUUUCACUGUGUCAUAUUUGGGGGAGGAGCAAGUGUGUCUGUCCAAUGACGAGAGGCUUUUGGUGCAGGACUUUACACUGGACUCUCCACAGAACAAUUAUGUGUUGGAGGUGCGUCAGUACAGCGCCUCCUGCUGGCCCAACCCGGACAGUCCCAUCAGGAACAGUUUUGAUCUGGUCAGCACAGUCAGAGAGCACAGCAGACAUUCAGACAGUCCGACAGUCGUGCAUGAUCCGUUGGGAGGUGCUACAUCAGGGCUGUUCUGUGCCCUCACCACCCUGUCCAGUCAGCUAGAGGAGGAGGGAGCAGUCGAUGUUUACCAGGUGGCACGGAUGACCAACCUCAUGAGGCCUGGGGUUUUUAAUGAUAUUGAGCAGUACCAGUAUCUGUACAGAGCAGUGCUGAGUCUGGUGAGCAGCCAGGAAGACCAGAGAGCCCUGCAGAGUCCAGAAACCAAUGGAUCUGUACCACUGGGACAGACGAACAUCGCUGAGAGCUUGGAGUCACUUAUGUAGACACACUCACACACACUAACACAGACAAAGACACAGACACAUGCACACACAUACACAGAAUUCACACCAGUAUAGACUGACUAUCAUGUCAGAUAGAGUGGCCAAUUGGUCAUACUCGUCCUUUUAAAGGGACAGUUCACCCAAAAAUCAAAUAUACAUAUUUUCCCUCUUUAACAUAGUAGUAUUUAUUAGUUUAGUUUUGGUGUGAGUUGCAGAGUGUUGGAGAUAUUGGCCAUAGAGAUGUCUGUCUUCUCUCAAAUGAAAUGGAACUAGAUGGCACUCAGCUUGUGGUGCUCAAAAUGCCCAAAAAUAAAUUUGACAACUCAAACUCAACAGCAAUGUCUCUUUCCAGAAAUCAUGACCCAGGUACUCAAGAUAAUAUAAAGAUCUUGUUGUGAGCAGUUUCAUGUAGGAACUAUUUUCUUUCUAUUGAACUACACCCACCAACCGUGUCACUGCAUAGAAGGAAGCUUAUUUUUUUGGCCAUUUAAGCACCACAAGCCGAGUGCCAUCUACUACUGUUAUAUCCAAAAGAAGGCAGACAUCUCUACAGCCAAUAUCUCCAACACUCUGCAACUCACACCAAAACAAUCUUAAUAGAUGAAUAGCUCUACAGGUAAGAAGGAAAAUAUGUGUUUUUUAAUUUUGGGUGAACUGUGAACUUUUAAAAGAGAAAGGUAUCUUUCUCAUGAGGCAUCAUUUAUAAAGGAUUUAUUCUUAUUAAUGGUUAAUAAAUAAUUUACUUAUUCUUUAUAGAUCAGUUAUACGUCUUUAGAUAAGCAAUGGUUGUGUUGCCAGGUUGUGAAAACUCCCUUUGACUGGUCAGAAAGGGCUUUAGAUGAUAUGGACCAAAAUCUUUUUAGUAAAAUUAUAACUCUGUUCUAUAUGGUUUAUUAGAAAGUAAAAACCUCAUGUGCAUUUAUUAAUGAAUGGCCUAAUAACUGAUCUCUGAAGCAUCAGAACAUGAUUUAUUAACCAUAAAUAAAGUCAUUAGUCCUUUACAACAGUGUCAUUAUGAGGAAGUGGUACCAAAAAAGCUUCACUGCCUUUCCAACAAGAACCUACAAACGUUCCAUCUGUGUUUCUGUUGCUGGUCAGCAUGGAGCCUGAAGCCGCAGAGCUUCAACACAAACCUUUUGAGGGGUUUCAUUAAAAACUAAAUGAAUUUCAUAUAAACACACAUAAAAAAACAACAAAAAGUUCAUAAUUUAUCACUGGAAAUUAUUUUUCUUAAUGAUGGAAGGAGUCAGCUAUUUAAUUCCAAUAACAGACCUACUUUAAAUUCAUAACGUCUGCCUAUUUUAAUCUUUCUUUAACAUUUAUUUCUUUAAUUAGUGGUCUCUUUGCCUUUUUAAAAUCGCUCCCUGUCUUCUAAAAGACAGAAAUAAAUAUGAUUAAAAAUAGAAAUUGGAAAAUAGGCAAAACAAAAAUACAAUUAUACAAAUUAGUUACAAAUAAAAGAACAACAAGAUGACUUGUUAAAAAGAAAAGAAGCAAUGCAGGAAAUUACAUUCUCCUAAUCUCUUGUCCUACAUUUUUUAUGCACUGCACAUUAACCAGCAGAUUUUGGGGCUCAAACUACCACACAUCCUUAUAUAGAGAAAUAUUUUGAAUUACCAAAAUCUCCUAAGGCCUCACUCGUGACAGUAUAUUGACUGCUGGUAUUUACUGCUGUUGAAUUUAUCUGUUUCUGUCUCGUCGCCACUGGCUCCAUGGUCUCUGGUACCCUGUGCCUUUUGUAAUUCAUGUUAUUGUACUUUAAACCUGUUUUGAUACAACUGUGUGACUAAUAUGCCAAAAUAAUGAUCUGUGAUAAUUUGUUUCUUUUCUAUUUUCUUAAAGUCCUGUUGCGCUCGUUACUUUCGUACGUAAAAGUCGGAGAGGAGAUAAGAUGUUGUAGGAUGUUUUGUAAAAGACGCAAUCUGGGAUUUAAAGGGAUAUUCCACACAAGAUCUGACAGGUGGCAGUUUAAAUUUAUGUCAAUUAAAGGAAUACUUUUUUCCCCAAAUGACCAUUUGUUUAUCAGUUACUCACCUCGUGUUAAGCUGAAUUUAUGUUGAAAACUUCAUUUUUCUUGCUUGCCUUCAUGGUGAGUGAACAAUCCAAAAAAAGAGAAAAAUCCUGAUAAAUUAAAGUUAUCAGGGUCCAUAUUUAACAACAGCAAAACAAUGGCAAGGCAAGGCAAGGUAAGUUUAUUUGUAUAGCACAAUUAAACACAAGGUAAUUCAAAGUGCUUUACAGAGACAUUAAAAGCAACAAGACACAAUUUAAAACAAUAAAAACAGUCAAUUAAAAAGGGAAAUAGAAAUUGAGAAUGAUAGUGAUAAUAAAAUACAGUAACAUAAAAUAAAAACAGGCUCAAUACAUUGCAUCUAAGAGCACUGCAUACACAGUCAUUAUCGUUAACAAACUAUAGAAGAUUUGUAUAGCUGCAAUGUCAAAACUCCUGUUUACAAACUUCCCAAACAGAGAGCCUUUUCCAGGGGAGAGCUAAAAAGGAAGUGACACUUGUCUAUGCUCUCUUCAAAGCCAGACUCCAUUGACAAAAACAAUAAUUUUACUUUGCUCAACACAGGAGCUGCUGGUCUACCGCUGCCUCGAUCAGUUAGUUUGUGGUGUUGUGUGAGUUUGGUGAAUCCAUCCCUUUAUAACACAAUAGUCACACAAUAACACAAACUAACUGAUCAAGGCAGCGGUAGACCAGCAGCUCCUGUGGUCAGCCAAGUGAAAUUACUGUUGAUGUCAAUUGAGUUUGGCUUUGAAGAGAGCAUAGACAAGUUUCACUUCCUGUUUAGGUCUCCGCUGGGAAGUACUACUGUAAGCAUAUGACUGUAUAAAUGAGACUUGGAUUAUAUUGCAUGAGUUGUGUGAGAGUUUUUAAACAGAUGUUUUGAUUUAGUUUGCUGUUGUUAAACAUGGACCCCUAUGACUUCAAUUCAUUAAGACAUGCAAGAUAAACAAAGAUUUCUUGACUAAUUCAACAUAACACGUGGUGAUUAAUUGAUAUACAAAAGAUCAUUUGGGGGGUGAAGUGUUCCUUUAACAAUGGAUUCCAAUGGUAACCAGUUUUGAUAAAGUGCAGAAAAUAUUAAAAUCACUCCUGCAACAAAAUGAUCAGUCAUUAUAAUCAGUUAUAAUAAAACAAGUACAUCGUUGAAACAGUUGGCAUAUUGUUGCAAACAUUUAGUGUUUGGACAAAUAAAAGAGACAGUGAAAAGAAAAACAAACAGCUGAUAUUACUAUGACAAAAUGUUCUAUUCUGUUAAACCAUAGACUGAAAAUGAAAUUCAUAAGCUGAGAGCCGUGACUUGCUCUGCAUCCCUGUGCCACUUACUAUAACUGUUUUCAUGUCGAGGGAGUCCAAAUGUCUUGUUGCAUCAGACACGAUCACUCAACCUCUGAAUCACUUUCAAACAAUGUCGCAGCUUCUAUCUGUACCUGUUUUGCAUCCACUCUGUACUGUUAUUUAGCCCUGGGGAUGCAAAAUGGCACAAACUAUAGAGGCUACUUCUACUGAAGCAGACAGUGAUUUAUCUAACUGUAAUAUGUCUGAACUCUUUCUGUGUAAAUAUCCCUGAAUACAUCAAAAGGCCAAAUUACUGUAUGUUUAUACUGUACCUCUAUAUAUUUUCUAUUUUACUAUAAAAAGUGAUUUUCUAGUCAUUUACACAUAUACGAUAUAACUGUGUGGAUCCUAUUUGAUAAUUUUAGCCUGGAAAUAUUGAUCAUGUUUAUAGUUUUAAUGGAAUGUUAUCUCUUUUUAUUAUCUUUAUGAUUACAGUAGCAGCUUAAUGUCUAUACGUUUAUCUCCAGCCAUGAGCUGGUGCAGUAUGUACAUAGCAACAGGUUGAAGCGGCAAGAUUUAAGAUUUGUUUGAAACCUUGUUUAUGAUUUUAAACUUGUUUCUUUUUCUGGGAGGGGGAAAAUAAAAUGUUCUUGUUUAGACCCAAACUUAUCCCUUUAUUUUCUUUAAUAGUCAUAUAAAGACACAGACAAAUAGGAUUGCAGAUUUAUCAUGCUUUUAUUUAUAUUAUCAUACAUUGUAUUGCAUUGUCUCCCCUGAUCAACCUGUACAUGACAUGAUAGUUCAGACAAAAACGUGUUAAAUAAUCAAUGCACCAUAAGAGGUUAACAAAGAUUAAGUCAAAACCAAAAAUAUAUAUAUCUAUAUAAUCAUAUUAAUAUUUGUAAUGACACAUUAUACUGUAGCAGUCACAUAAGAUAAAGUGUAUAUAGUGCAUUGAAAAUAAACCUCGUUAUGCAGUGAGAAUAUGAGUGCCCACCCUGGGAGUAUUUUUUUUAAUUUUUUUUUAUUUUACUUUAAAAUAUCAAGCACAUAAACCCAAAGCAGAUCCCCAUCCUGCCUUCACACUCUGCACAUCACAUCUGGCUUCUCACAGCCCUGUCAGCGUCCAAAUGAUGCUCAUCAUGUUUGCAGUGGUUGUGUUUACAUGCAAUCAGUACUUGAGAUAACGUCACAGUACAGAGGCUGAGUUUUAUUUACACCUGGUUCAAGUAAAAAAGGCUCUGGAUAUUUUUUAAAAAUAACUGUUAGUUAGAAAACAGCCAUGAUGCUGUGGCUUUUUUUAAGUGUUAACAUUUUUAGGCAGGGGUCCAAUUUUCACUUUAAAAGACUGAAAGGUACGUGUGGCAUCAAGCUGUCUUAUAGUACAAUCAGUACAUUUUCAGGCCUAUUUGACAGGCAUUUUUUUUUAAGUCCUUUAUUACAACAGUCCUCUUUGUUUCAAACUGCAUGUGAUCAUAAGCAAACAUUUCUCUAGACCUCCAUCAUCUGAGCCAAAGGACUGGAUGAAAACUGAAUGCCAAAAUUAUUCCAAGGUGCAUAUAGACACGCUCAAGUCCACAACAUCCUAAUUAAAAACAAAAACACCUUAUGUUUUUUUUAAUCAUAAUAUCAAAGUAAAGGUUUAUGGCAAAGAGUUCACUGUUGGUAACAACUUGGAGUAUUUUAGUCCACAAAAUGUUUUGAAUUUUCUCAGAGUGCAUACUAUCUACCGAACAGAGGCUAGAUAUUGUUUUAUAAUCUUUCCUAUUUUUGACAUGAAGUAAAGCCAUCUCUACUCAUUGGAUAGAUAAACCUCAUAGAUAAUAAUCUUGUUAAUUCAGAAAAACAAGACCAGAUUUUUUCCUUGUAAAAAAUUAUUAAAAAUUCUGAGAUAAUAAUCGUGUUUAUUUAUACAAAGAGCAGAAUUUUUUUUUUUUUCAUUAAAUCUUUUCUCAGAAAUUUGAAAUAAAGCCUCAGCUGUAUUAAUGUUGCUUUCAUUAAGCACUAACAUACUAUACUAUAUUAAACACAGCUAAAAAAAAAUAUUAUGGCACAUAGAGGUGUUAAAAUCAAGGACACUUCAGCAGCUUAGAUGAUGGCUGACAAAUCCAGUCCUCAUGUCAUCCUGCUGCCUGGGCCAUAGUGGCAAUUUUCUGUAACAUAUCCAUAUGCUUUUAUAUCCUUUGUGACAAUUUGUAUCAAUUAUCAUACAUUUUCAAAUAACAGCCAUAAAAUAAGUUAAGGGCAGAUAAAAAAUGCUAUUACUAGUACCUGUGCUACAAUGAGCUUAAUAGUCCCACAGCAUUAAUUCGAUUAGUCUUUGUUUCUGUUCUGUUGGGAAACUUAUCACUUCCUUUUUCAAAAUAAAAGCCUACCAGAGAAGUAAAGGGAUUCUGCCCCCUGAACUGAAA